CAGUAGAAGAAACCCUGAAUCGGGAAAGAAAUGAAGCCCAUAUUGGAAGAUAGGCCCAACAAUCAAACCCAUUUGAAACUAGGGUUUUUUUAAGUCUUCAUCACCAUCUGAAAUCGCAAAACCCUACAUUAGCCACUCUGCCCCCCGCCCACAGGCUAGAGGAGAGAGAAAAUCUGCACUCCGGCGAAAAUGGUGACCUACAGAUUCCACCAGUACCAGGUGGUCGGAAGAGCUCUGCCUACGGAGACGGAUGAGCACCCCAAGAUCUACCGCAUGAAGCUGUGGGCGACCAACGAGGUUCGCGCCAAGUCCAAAUUCUGGUACUUUCUGAGGAAGCUGAAGAAGGUGAAGAAGAGUAAUGGUCAGGUUCUAGCUAUCAAUGAGAUUUUUGAGAAGAACCCAACUACAAUCAAGAACUACGGAAUCUGGUUGAGAUACCAAAGUAGGACUGGCUACCACAACAUGUACAAGGAGUACCGUGAUACCACCUUGAACGGUGGUGUCGAGCAAAUGUACACCGAAAUGGCCUCCCGUCACAGGGUCCGCCAUCACUGCAUCCAAAUCAUCAAGACUGCCACCGUCCCAGCUAAGCUUUGCAAGAGGGAGAGCACAAAGCAGUUCCACAACUCUAAGAUCAAGUUCCCCCUGAUGUACAGGAAGGUGAGGCCACCAACGAGGAAGCUCAAGACCACGUACAAGGCAACCAGGCCCAACCUAUUCGUGUAAAAUGCUCAGUCAUUUGUUUGAGGAUGCGAUCACUAUAUUUCUGCAAGUACUUUCUGGUAAAGAAAUAGCAGAAACUAUUAUCAGUUUUGACUUUUGCUGGACUCAUACCAUGCCGUGUUUGUUUGCCUUGAACAUUAGACUUUUAUUUAUAGGGUUCGUUGAAUGUUCUUAUGAAUUUUGGAUCUCCGGUUCUUAUGUUCCUUGUCUCGUUUGCUCCUCUAUGCGUUUAUUAUUUGGAUUUCA